CACACACACACACAGGAGUUCAUUCUUGGGUCCACCAAGGUAACAACAUGGGGAAACACUGGCCUGCAGUUUUUACAUUGAUUUUAGCUCUUGGUGCAUAUGUGCACUUUGACACCGCUUUUGCUGAAGAGGCUGAAUGCAAAACAACAGCAAAGCCAGGAAUGUGUCCGCAGAGGAAAUGGGGCGCAGGGCUUUGUGCUGAGUUCUGCUCCAGUGACAGUGACUGCCCCAACAAUGAGAAAUGCUGCUCCAAUGGAUGUGGACAUGAGUGCACCGCACCAUUCACAGUGAAGCGUGGCCGCUGCGCUCGGCCCCAGGGAACCCCCAUGUGUGCUGAGUACUGCUAUCAUGAUGGUCAGUGUCCGGGGGAGCAGAAGUGCUGCAGGACAACCUGCGGUCACGCCUGCAGCGAGCCCUGCUGAGAGGACGGCCACGGACUCAGCUGCAUGUGGGCACUUGUCUGGUUUCUUUCACGCAGCCACACAGAAAAUUUGCAGAAUGUUUCAAACUUCAUUUCACUGAUAUUACUUCUUGGUCAAAUAUCUGGGCACCACGUUGCACAAAGUUUCAUUCUCUGGGAUGGGAAAGUAAAGAGUUUCUCUGCACCCGUACUUGAAGUAAACACAAAUAUCAGAAAGAUUUUAACACUUUCUUUAUUAAGUGAUGAAAUCUACACUUGGAAAAUCAAAGACUAUAAAAUAAUGUAUUGUUUAUUACUGUCUUAUAGAGAAAAAGGGUUCACUUUCAUUUCCUUUCCUGUACUACAAAGUGAUUAGUGUGUAUUUUGUGCCUUAAUCAGUUUACAACUUCUUAAUCAUCAUGUCAAUAAUAUUUUUGUGGAUUUCUGUACGAUUGGUAGUACUGUAUAUUCUAAACCUUCUGAAUGGAUGAAAAAUGUACUGCAGUUAUUUUGUAUUUCCUCGUGGAGUAAUGGGAUGUUGUCUAUUUCCUUGUAUCUCAAAAAAUAAACAUGUUUUCAGCAUUCAUCA